AGAGAGGGUGUGACAUGCGAUAGAUUGAAAUCCUUUUCUAUUCAAUCUUUCGGAUAUUGCUUGGUCAAAUGUUUCGUCAAAACUCUAUAUUAACCCUCAUUUAUGUCGCUUUUCUCGUCAUUUUCUUAUUCUUCUCGCACCGGGGACUGUUAACUGGCAGUAAAUUGUCUCGUAAUAAGUAACAGACCGGAAAUUGCGUUGAAGUAGACCGGGAUAACGCUACAAUUCAGGAUCCUCUCUUAACCUACCUGCCUCCUCCACCAAAACUCCUGUUGGAGUGAAGCUUUGGCUCAAAUCGCAUCUUCGCCGAGACACGAUGUCUCCUUUCGGCCGGCUGCUGCUACUCGUCUGCCUCGUUCUUCCUCUUUAUGCAGUGGAAAAGGUGAGGAACCGAGGGUAUCGAAAGGAUGCAGAAUUUGAUAAGUGCACUGGAAACGAUGCAGACAAUCCCAACUGCACUAGAAUCUCAGAGGAAGCACGAUCUACCAAUUCAAACACCAUGUAUGGAAGCUGUCUGCAAGGGCCAGCGGGUAACCCUGGCAGAGAGGGAAACCCCGGAACCAACGGCAUCCCUGGGACGCCGGGCAUCCCCGGCCGUGAUGGCAUGAGAGGCGAGAAGGGCGAGUGUGUGAGUGAGGCGUUUGAGGAGCCCUGGAGACCCAACUACAAGCAGUGUGCCUGGAACUCUCUCAACUACGGCAUCGACCUGGGGAAAAUAGCAGACUGCACAUUUACCAAGCUGCGCUCAGACAGCGCCCUGAGAGUUCUCUUCAGCGGUUCCCUCAGACUCAAGUGUAAGACCGCUUGCUGCCAGAGAUGGUACUUCACCUUUAAUGGUGCAGAGUGUACAGGCCCUCUGCCUGUCGAAUCCAUCAUCUACCUGGAUCAGGGCAGCCCAGAGCUCAACUCAACCAUUAACAUCCACAGGACAUCUUCAGUGGAAGGGUUGUGCGAAGGCAUGAAGUCGGGCCUGGUGGACGUGGCUGUUUGGGUGGGGACAUGUUCUGACUACCCCCGGGGUGACGCGUCUACGGGCUGGAAUUCUGUCUCCAGGAUCGUCAUUGAAGAGCUUCCAAAAUCAUUUUGAACGUAUAUAUAAUUAGCUAGAAGGGCUGGCAGGGCCCUGGGAGUGCAGUGUUAUCUCCCUCUAUAAAACCAUCAGGCGUGGCUGGAACAUGAGAAGGGAUUUUUAACUUGAAUGUAUUCUUUGUAAUGCUAGUUGAUAGAGAACAGUACUGUAAUUUUUUACUGUACAUUGCUAAUGUUUUGUAGCAUAUGCAGUGAAGAAAAAUGAUUGAUUACUGCUAGUAAAGAAGUCAUUUUUUUUUUUAUAACUUAAGAUAAAUCACGCGUUUCCUCAUGUUGUUCAGUCUCAUUGAAAGUUACCAUUUCACUUUUGUAUUGUAUUAGCAUGAUUAUGAAAAAAUGAUAAGCGAUAUGUAUUUGCUGUAUUUCCAAAUGAGCAGGUAUCGGUUAUAAAAAAUGAAAUUAAAAAGACACAUAUUAAAAAUA